AUGGGGAAUACAUCCACAUUGACACGUUUCGCGCGUCUGUGCGCACUCGGCGCCGUCGGCGUUGCGCUUUCGGGCUGCGGUUCGAACCUGACGCCGAAAGUCGCGCUGACCAGCGGCACCGAGAGCGUGGUCGCCACCAGCAGCGAUGUGGUCAAUCUUUCCAAUCUGCCCGUCUUCACCCAAAAUGCGGCGACCUCCGGCGAAGAGAGCUUUUCCGUCGCCGCCUAUGGCGUGGCGGCCAGCCCGCGCGUCGCGUCGGGCACGCGCAUCCAGCGCGGCGGCGGCCGGCAGAUGGUCGGCCGACCCUACACGGUGCGCGGCCAGCGCUAUUUUCCGACCGCCAAUCAGCCCGCCGUCCAGCAUGGCCGCGCGUCGUGGUAUGGCGAGGCCUUCCACGGCCGCAAGACCGCCAACGGCGAAGUCUACGACAUGAACCACCUGACGGCGGCGCACAAGACGAUGCCGCUGCCUUCCUAUGCGCGGGUGACGAACCGCGCCAACGGCCGCUCGGUCGUCGUGCGGGUCAACGAUCGCGGCCCUUUUUCCAACAACCGCGUGAUCGACCUGUCCAAGCGUGCCGCCUACAUGCUCGACUACAUCUCCGCGGGCACCGCCAACGUCCAGGUGGAGUAUCUCGGCCCGGCACCGUUGCACGGACAGGACGAUGAGUUCCUGAUCGCAUCGUUCCGCGGUGCGCCGACGCUGGGCACGCCGCGCGGCGGCGGCGAUCGCAACCUGCCCGGCGUGCGCCAGCCGGGCGUGAUGCUGGCCUCGAGCGGGCAGCAGCCCGCAGCCGAACGCUUUGGCGGUCCCGCUGCCCCCGCGCUGGAAGCGCCGGGAUCGCUGCUGCGCCGCUCAGCACGCCCGGUGAUCGGGCUCGAUGCAUCGGCCUAUGCCGAUGCGCGCGUGGCGGCCGCAUUCGCGGCGCCUUGGGCACCAAUGGCAACCGAAGGCUGGAAGGCCCGCUGA